ACUCGAAUCACACACGCCAGAGAAGAAAAAAAAUAAUAUUUUAAAAUUAUUUUCUGGAGUUGAAGAAAUUUUUCACCAAAGUACAAGAGUCGAAAUUAAAAAAAAAACUAAAAAUGACUCAAACAAAAUUAAACUUCAAUUGACAAAAACCUGAAAAAAAAAAAAAAAAUCAAAAACAAAUUUCCGGACCUGAAUAAAUUAAAAUAAAUUUUGUGCAUUAUUAGCAAAAAAUACAAUUUUUUUAAAGUGUAUGUAAAUUUAAAGAAAAAAACUAAAAAAAAAACAAACAAAAACAUGCCAAAAAAAUAACGUUGCAAUUUCGUCCAUUUUUAAUAUAAAAAAAAUAAAAGUGUGGUGUACUAAUUAAAUUAUAAAAAAAAAGUUCAAGAAUUUUUUUUUGUUCGUCACUCGUUCGUUGUUGUUGUUGUUGUUGUUUUAAAACAAUAAAAAAAACCGGUGUGAUAAAAAAAAAGACACUGAGCCGUACUAAAAAUUAAUCUAGAAGAUUAGUGAUAUUUGUUGUUAAUUUUUUGUUUUAAAUAAUUGUAAAAAAAUGAUCUUCAUCGACAAACAAAGCGCCACUGAAGGCAAAAAAUUGUUGGAAAGCCAUUUAUUAAAUGUACGAAAUGGCAAAAAAGUGUCAGUGGGCCUUAUCAUACAGCUGGCAUGCAAAGUUGUGCAACAGAAGAUAAGACACACAAUUUUGUUCUUUUCUGUCAUGGCGGGCAGAUGUAUGUGUGGCAUUUUGUCGUGGAUCGUCCUGUUUAUUGGCAGUAUGUUCUUUGCAACAAAGAUAGUUUACUCCACAAAACAUAGUUGUAAGAAAUCGCCCGUUCCUGUACCUGAGUGUCUGCUGGACACAAUUCCCGAGCAACAAGUGCACAGAUGUCGCCACCAAACGGCUCUCGUGCGUCCCGUGCCAAAGCCAACUCCGAUCUCGCACGACGCCUUUUACGAUUGCGUCGAAGAAUCCCUUCCAUCGGCGAAAAAAGAGCUCAAAUCGCUGGAACAUUGUCUGCCGCCCGUUCCAACGCCCAUCCUCAAAAAACCCGAAACAGUCGAACCAAAGCCCGAACCUGUCGUUUUGCGACGUCGCGAAACCGUGCCAUCGAUGCCCGCCACACAAAAACCCGCUCCUCUCGAAAGGCGUCUCAGCAACGUUGAACGCUUCCUCAAAGAAUCUUCGCCCGUACCGGAAAUGGCGCCACGCGAAAACAGCCGCUUCCUCCUCGGCAUCGUCUAUUCCAGCUGUGCCCUUGUUGCUGUGCAAUUUUACGUACUCAUGGCGGCACUCCUUAGCAGCAACAUUCCCUUCGGUCUCAUGUUCCUCGUGGUGUGUUUGAGCAUCAUUGUCGCACUUAUCACGCAAAUUUGCUUCUACCGCAAACUGGAUGACAAAGUGAAGGUGACACGAGUUUCGCGGAAACGACGACGCGAAAGUACGAGCGAAACGGAAAGCGAAAGCAGCACGACGACAAAGGAAUUCAUUCGGGAAUGCGAAAGACGCGGAAAACCCGUGGCACCUGUCAAACCCUUCCUGCGAAUUCCCUCGACGAAGGAGUUGUUCAGCGGAAUUGAAGGACUCAAAAAUACAGCUUCGGAUUUACUGAAGAAGAAGAAACUAUAGAUUAGAUUUAUCUUAUAAAAAAAAAUUAAAAAUACAUAAUUUAGUGAUAAAAAAAAUUGAUCAUAGCAAAAAAAUGAUCAAUGAUGAUGUUUCGACGAAUUAAAAAUUUUUUACGACUCCAAAUUAAAAAGGAGUGAAAUUUCAUCAUUGAACACUUUUUUUUAAUAACUACUAAAAUAAACUAGCUUUAACCGAAAUUUGGAACAAUUUCGUUGUAAAUUGCUAGAUUUUCAAUAAAUUAAUUGUAAGUUUAAAACUAUUGCAAAAAAAAAUUAAAAGACUUAGAGAAUUAAGAGACUCCUGUAUGUUUAAAAGAAAAAAAUAUUUUUUGUACAAAAAAAUCUAAAUAUUUAUGUUCAAUAUAUUUUUGUAAUAUUUACAUGAAAAAAUGG